AUGGAUUUCAUCACCCAUUUACCUAACUCUUUUGAACACAUUGUCAUUUGGGUCAUUUGUGAUCUCCUUACCAAGUUUGUGCACUUCAUUGCUCUGCCUACUAAGUUUUGUGCCAAAGCUCUGACAUCUCUUUUUCCUGUCGAAGUCUUCUGCUUCCAUGGCUUACCAAAAUCUAUAGUUUCAGAUCGAGAUCCCUUGUUCCUUAGGAAUUUCUGGCACAAAUUUUUCAAAAAACAAGGAACAACAUUAAAAUAUAACACCGCUUACCAUCCUGAGAUCGAUGGCCAAACAGAGGUAGUUAAUAGAUCAUUGGAAAUAUACCUUUGUUGUUUGGUUGGGGAUCAUCCGCAUAACUGGUACAAAGUUCUUCAUCUUGCAGAGUACUAG